AUGGAGCGCAUCUUUGAUGCCAAGAGAUGCACCAAUGAGAGUAGGCUUGCUUUCACAGUCUACAUGCUCACAGGAGAGGUUGAGCAUUGGUGCGCUAGUAUGAGGCUGGUUAUGGAAGAAAUGCAUGAGGAGAUCACCUGGGAGGCCUUCAAGAGGAAGUUCCUAUCAGAGUAUUUCCCUGAUAGCGUGAGAUACGCUAAAGAGGUGGAAUUCCUCCAGCUGACACAGGGGGAUAAGUCUGUAGUUGAGUAUGCAGAGAGAUUCAAACAUCUGGGACGCUUCUACACCAUGCCACUGGAUGAGGAGGGGCGAUGCAGAAAGUUUGAAAAUGGACUUUGGGGAGAUAUCAGGUUGAUGGUGGCACCGCUCUCCAUCAAGGAUUUUGCAGCCUUGGUGGAAAGAGCACGAGUUAUGGAGCGGAUGAAGGCUGAGAUAGAAGCUCAGCAAGUUCAGCAGCAGCAGAAGGCCAACGAAUCAUCUGGGUCCAGACUUAGAGGGGAAAAGAGGAAGAAACCCUAUUCUAGGCCGCAACCUCAGGUGGCCAAGGGAUUCACCCCUCAGCAGUCAUUAGUGCCUAGAUGUUAUCAGUGUAACAGACCACAUUUGAGGGGUGCAUGCCCGUAG